AUGGAGUGGAAAGUUUUAUGCGUUGGACUGACUUUUGUUCUUUUUGCUUAUUUUAUUUAUACACCUAUGCCAGAAAACAUUGAAGAACCCUGGAAAGUAAGAAUCAUGGAUGCUGUUGUAAAAUGUACUUCAUUUGUGGCUAAGUUACUUGAAAACAUAGGUAUUAUGAGAUAUGAAGAAUUCUUUACUAUGUUAAUGGAACUGGACUAUUCACAACCAAUUUCUGAUGAAAACAUCACAGUGACUGAUACAACAUUUAGUGACAUUCCAGUACGUUUGUACCUGCCAAAGAGGAAGUCAGAAAGAAAGAGACGAGCUGUAAUUUUUAUUCAUGGUGGUGCUUUUGUUUUGGGAAGUUUUAAGCAACUAUCCUAUGACUUCCUGAAUAGACAGACAGCAAACAAACUUGACGCUGUUGUUGUGGGAGCAGACUACAGACUAGCUCCUCAAUAUCAAUUCCCUGUUGCUUUGGAUGAUGUCUUUGCUGUAGUUAAACACUUUCUACAAGAUAAAAUUCUUGAAAAAUAUGGAGUGGAUCCCACCCGAAUCUGUAUUUCUGGAGAUAGUUGCGGAGGUUUACUUGCAACAAAAGUGAUUCAACUGAUGCAGAAUAAUCCAGAAUUCAAAGAUAAAAUUAAGGCACAAGCUUUGUUAUACCCUCACUUACAGAUAAUUGAUACCUCCACACCAUCUUACCAAGAAAAUAAAUAUGGUCCAAUACUAUCAAAGGAUUUGGGGAUUCAGCUUGAAUGUCUAUAUUUGACCACGGAUAAAAGAUGUAUCGAAGCAGUUGAAGCAAAUCAGCAUAUGCCUGAGGAAUCAAGACAUCUGUUCAAAUUCGUUAACUGGAGUAUCUUUCUUCCUGAAAAGUUUAAAAAGAACCAUGUUUACUCAGAACCAAUUCUGGGAAGAUAUGACUUCAGAAAUCCAGCACUUAUGGAUAGUAGGUUAUCACCCUUAUUGGUCAGUGAUAUUGAGUUACAAAAAUUGCCACUAACCUAUAUCCUUACCUGCCAGUAUGAUAUCCUAAGAGAUGAUGGACUUAUGUAUGUCACACGACUGCGAAAUGUUGGUGUUCAAGUUACUCAUGACCAUAUAGAGAAUGGAUUCCAUGGAGCACUGGCGUAUAUGGGAUCAAUGGUGCAUUUACGUAUAGGAAUUAGACUAAAAGAUAAGUAUAUUAGUUGGCUAGAUGAAAAUCUAUAA